AUGGUGAUACCUCUCUCACAUAGAGUCCUCGACCAUGGAGUAGAGGAGAUCGACACAAGAUUGGGCCAAAGUUGGAGAAUAGGUCCACUGGGGAAAACCCUAGUUUCACUUUGGAUUGCCACGACAGAAGAAGAAUGCGGCGGCUGUCCGAGACUUGCGAAGAGAUUUGCGGUGCAGGGAUCAUCUCCGAUGAGUGAAGAAUUGGCGGGAACAGACGCUGGCCGUGGUCCGAGUAUGAGGCAUAGCUCCAAGGAUUCAUAUCCUUUCCGGCAUGAUAAGUCAGAUCCCAGCAGAAUUGCUCGCCGUGCGCCGUCGACGUCUCCACCGGGCAUGGCGCAACUGACGAUCCAAAAGGGAGACCUCCUGUCAUCAACGAAGCCCGGUGUGAGGAUUUUUGCGGUAAAUCCUCGCUUAAAACCGGAGGUUUCAGGGCAAUUAGAUCCGCUAAGGGGGCUGCGAGGUAAAGGUAGAGAAAAGGAUUUGUCAGUUCCCUUAUCUUUCCUUCUUCGCUUAAUGAUGAAGAGCGGCCCGAAUGCAGUGCGAGGUGAUACAAAGCGUUUAAACGUGUUCGAGAUGGGUGAAACAGAGGAACAAAAGUGGGGAAAACCUUCAAAAGAGGAAAACUAAAGAAAGAAACUAAGAAAGAAAAAAUGUGACGCCGAGUGAAAAGGAAGAUGGGAUCCCGACACCGGCGAGCAAAAGCUACGCCGGCGCCGGAAAAGUUUCUUAAAGAAGAUGCUUCGAUAGUCGUGUCUGAGAGAAAACGUAUUAUGAGAGACUU